AUGGAUGCUAUGAGCCAAGCAUUACGCAGAGCUGCUCGAUCACCGUUCCCGGGAGAUAUCGAAUGGGCACCGAUGUCGAGCAGAUUUACUAGACCUCCAUUUAACUCUUAUGAUAGGAAGACAGAUCCGGUAGAGCAUGUAAGCCAUUUUGUCCAGAUGAUGUCUUUGCAUAGUCAUAACGACGCACUGAUGUGUAAGGUGUUUCCUUCAAGUCUCGGGCCCACAGUUUUGAGGUGGUUCAAUGGGUUGAGGAAGGGCUCGAUUCAUAGUUUUGCUGAGCUGAUUCAAGAGUUCGGGGUUUGGUUUACGACCUGUAGCCGGGUACCACAACUAGUGGACGCGUUGCUAUCUAUGAAGAUGGGAGCCGGGGAAACUCUUCGCAGUUACACUAGCAGGUAUUGGGAACUGUAUAACAAGAUCGAUGGGGGUAAUGAAAAAAAUUGCAGCAAGCACCUUUCGGUUGGGAUUGCCCGAGGAUUCUAA